GGGCGCCGCCGGCGGGCGCGGCGCAGUGCCCUUCGCAGCUGGCGCGGCGCAUCGCGCACCUGGAGUCGGACGUGGCGCAGCUCAGGCAACGCAAGCAGCAGCUGGAGGGCGAGAACGAGGCCCUCGCGGCGGAGCUGGAGAGGCCCGACCUGCAG